AUGGCGGAGGUAGAUUUCGAGAACGCACUGGUCGCUCUUCAAUCUGAAGCGCUCGAUGUGUUGGUGAACGGCGGCAUGAGAGAGGCCCAAGAACGUUGUGUUCAAUGGGCGAGCAUUGACGUCCCAACGUUUAUUCGCUUUGGCCAGUUCAUUUACAGAGAGGAUUACGAAGCCCCGCCACACAAAAGCCGCAAUAAUUCAUACCUGAGCGCUGAUUUCAUUCAGACUUCAAGGGUGACCAAGGGCAAGAAGGGCAUUCGGUCGAUAGUCCCAUACGCUCCGCCUCCGACGAACGGACUGCUCUGGGACGAAUUUAGAUCGUUGUAUCCAGAUGCCAGUCUCACCAUCGUGCGCCAGAACGAAGCGAACGACGACUACACCGAUGUCUUUCUCGGCCAUGCCCAGGUCUAUGUCUUCGCAGAGUGCUACGGAGUUGAAGGUCUGCAGACUCUGUCGCUUGGCAAGCUUCGGCGAGUCCUUGAGUCAUUCGCUUUGUUUAAGACAGGUAUCAAGGAUGUUGUACGGCUGAUUCGAUAUUGCUAUGACAAUACGGCGGGCGGAACAAACGAGGAUCGGCUCAGAAGGCUCGUCACUAUGUACACAGCCUGUAAUGUGGAAACACUAUGGGAGGAUGAAGAGUUCGCCGACUUGAUCGAAACGAACGGUGAGUUCGCAAAAGGUCUAGUCAGGUCAAUGCUGGGACGCCUCAACUAA